AUAGGUUUCUCAGGGUUAGAGGCCUUUAGUAGCAGGCACGUGGAAAAGGUGCUCUGUUUUUUCUUGCCCCGUUCUCUUUCCUUCUCCACUCUCUUACGGCCGUAUCGUAGGCCUUUUGCAUUGAAGUUUCGUCUCCUUCGUGGAUGCUGUUAGUCAUGCUCAGCUGCUGAGUUUUGUAGAGACGUGGACCACCAUUUAGUGCUGGGCAGAGUGGCUAUGCAGUGAUGGAUCCCAGGUCAAUUGGGCACGAAUUUGUCCGUCAGUAUUAUGAACUUCUUCAUAAUGACCCGGCACAGCUUCACAGGUUUUAUUUAGACAGUUCAACGUACAUCCAUGCGGGAGAGAAUCAAAAUGAUCACCCCGCUGUGGGUCAGCAGGCCAUCUAUGAGACAAUCAAGCAGCUAAACUUCUCUGACUGCCGAACUCGGAUCAGACAAGUUGAUGCCCAGGACAGUCUGCAGAAGUCGUUUAUUGUACAGGUUGUUGGAGAGCUGUCCAAUGCUGGCCAGCCGAUGAGGCCGUUUGUACAGACGUUUGUUCUGGCGGAGUCAGCUGAAAACAAGUUCUUUGUGAGCAAUGACAUGUUCCGCUACCAGGAUCAUAUUGUUGCACCAGAGGCCAGUGAGCCAGUGAUCAGUGUUCCUGCUGUUGUACCGGCUGCCAGUGUUGAGCAACCCAUCACCAAUGGUCAAGUUGCCGACUAUUUCAGCAAGCCGACUGAAAGUCAUGCUCACCUCAACGGUGAUGUGACUGUUAUUGAUGCUCCUGAGCCAGUGGAAGCAGUGGCACCAGUUGAGGAGCCUGUUGUGCACCAGCCUGAGCCUACGCCCCCACCUGUGCACACUGAGCCAGAGCCGGAGCCCAUCGUUGAGCCUGAACCCUCGCAAGAGGUCAAACAAGAACCGAAGGCGUUCUCUUGGGCUAGUGUGGCUAGUUCCUCAUCAUCGUCGUCGGCAUCUCAGCCGGCUAGCAAGAAGGUGCAGCCAGCUGGUAUUGUCCGUGCUCCAGUAGAGAUAAAGCCUGUUGCCGCAGCUCCCAGCACUCAGCAGCAGCAACAACAGCCGCAGCAGCAGCAGACCAACCAGCGUCCUCAGCGUCGCACCAAUGGCAGUGCAAACAACCAGUCCAGCAACCAGUCCAGCUCUGUCCCUACCGCACGUAAUGGCGCGGCAGCACGGUCCAAUGCAGCAGUUCCGGACAGUCAACAAGUCUUUGUUGGUGGUUUGAACUCUAGCAUGACCGAAGAUGAGAUCAAGGGUGCCUUCAGAGAAUUCGGCACUGCUAUCGACAUCAGAAUGACUCAGAAGCAAUUUUGCUUCGUUGCUUUCGAGUCUUCACAAAUCGUGGAUAGCAUCCUAGCUCAUGCGAAAGAGUCUGGUUUCCAGCUGCGUGGCCAUCGAUUGAAUGUGGAGGAGAAGAAAGAGAAGGCUAGCGGUGGCCGAGUUCCGAACAAUCGCCAAAACACAGGUGGUCGUGGAGGUCGUGUUGGUACUGGAAGUAACAACAGCUUCUCGCGUGGCGGUGCUACUGCCAACCGAUCGGGCCGCGACUCCUCUGCUGUCAACCGCCGUUAAGAGCUCUUUUGGCUGUUUACUAGUGAGUCCUGUCAGCUUCCAUAACACUUCAAUAAGUGCUGUUUGUGUUGUGCUUGGAGUCGCUGGUCUUGCAUUUAGGCUACCUUGCCCGGGAUACGAAACACAACAAAGGGGCCUUUUGCAAGCAACAAUUUGUCCAUAGUCUUUUCUUUCUUCGCUGUGCUAAUGCAAAUGUAAUGUAAAACCAGUAGAUGCAGGCCUUCAAUCCCUUCCACUUGUGAUCACGAUUGUGCUUUGUACUAUUUCAGACCCGUUUUCCUUUGUCCCCAACUGGCUCCAUGUGGACGCGACCUGAUGGGCAAGUCUACCCUGUACCUGUUUUGUAAUAUACCCCUUUCGUUUUCUCUUCUCCUCUUGUGCUGUUGUCGCUGUGUCAGGUCUUAUUGAAUCUGCCAUGUGAGCCAAUCAUGAUAUGCCAUCAGAAGAACAGAAAAAAUAAAAAAAACAUUUUCUACAGCAGGCACAAAGAAGUGUUCACCGUUUUUCAGAGUUUUGUUAUGUUUAACCGGCCGCUCGAAUCUUUCCACAUACCCAACUACAACGAUGUUGCUUUUUCUCUUUCUUUACUCUUCUUCUUUCCUUCUUUUUUUUUGUUGAUGUGGACAGUUUCCUUCAGAUCGGCCACCCUUAGUUUGGGUCCACAUCUUACAUGUGUACUCAUAGAAUCCUUCCAUCUUUCUUUAUCUCCUGUUUUCUACGGAGUUAAAAUGCAAGCAAAGAAAGUGUUUCAUUAUUCGUUUGUAUUGGCUGAUUGUGCCCCUUUGCAGUAGUACCUGCUAUUUGAACCGCCCCGUUUUUUCUCUCACACAAAUGCUGGUGUGAUGCAGCACCAUUGCAUGUAGGCUCUACGCGUGUUGGCAUGGUGAAGGCCUGAAGGGCUUGAGAUGGCACACGUCUUGCUUCUUUUCGCAUGCUUCUCUUGUAUUCCCAACGGUGUUCUUCUGGUGCAAAGUGGAUGUUUGUGUGCCUUG